ACAUCACCAAGCUUACCAUUAGAUCUACCUUCAUCUCUCCCACCCUUCAUCUUGAAUAUCCAAAGUAUCGAAAUAAUCAUGGAAUCGAAACCAGCUGGUAAUCUUAGUAUAGAUGGCAUUCAUGUCGACAUGGAGCACUUGAAGAAAGGCGAAGUCAACUUGGGGACUUCCAUUAUGGCAGCUCUCUUUGAUGGCGGUGUUAUCCUUGGCGCCGACUCCCGAACAACUACUGGCGCUUAUAUCGCCAAUCGAGUAACGGAUAAGCUAACCCAAGUUCAUGAUACCAUCUGGUGUUGCCGAUCCGGAUCUGCUGCUGAUACCCAGGCCAUUGCCGAUAUUGUCCAUUACUACCUGCAGUUGUAUAAUGUUCAAAACCACGAACCUCCAACCACCCAAGUCGCAGCCUCAAUCUUCCAAGAGCUCUGUUAUUCAAACAAAGACCAACUCCAGGCUAGUAUGAUUAUCGCUGGCUACGAUGCCCGCCAUAAAGGUGAGGUAUACUCGAUUCCCCUCGGAGGUUCGCUUCAUAAGCAGCGUUACGCAAUUGGCGGUUCCGGGUCGACUUACAUCUACGGUUACUGCGAUGCGAACUGGAAAGAAAAUAUGACAGAGGGAGAGUGUGUUGAGUUCGUGAAGGGCGCUCUAGCCGAGGCUGUUAAGUGGGACGGAAGCUCUGGCGGCGUUAUCCGCAUGGUGGUACUGACCGAGAGGGGUGUCGAGAGGAAGAUUUUCUUCCCUGAUGAGAAUUACAAGGGAAACGGACAAUGAUAGAUCUCAGAUAGCUGGAAAGCAAAAAUACCCAGCUUAUUAUGAA